CAUCGACGGCAGGAGAGGCGGUGGAACUCUUAUCGCGUGCCCACUCUCCUUAUCCGCGAGCAACAGGAUUUUGUAGGGAGUUGAUAGGCAGUGGGUCUCGAGACGGUGCGCGCUCGCGAUUUCUCGUAGAUUAAUGGACGCUUUUUCGGAUAUCCAGCUGCUGUAAUUGGAAGGCAGCCUGAUUUUGCGCUGCUGAUUACACAUUGGGCCCGAAACGCCCUCGGCCUCUUUGCCCUUCGAUUUUCGCCUCACAGUUCAUUGCCUCACCUCCCGCAGCUCCGGUACUCUGAGGAAUCGGAUCGAAGGCGGAAUUCCCACCUCGAGCGUCGAGAGCGACCAUGGCAGCGAUGGCCGCAUGUACGCAGCAGAUUGUGGGAGCGGUAGACUUCGCGGCCCGAGCGCUGUCGUCGACCAGAGCUUCCUCGAGUCGGGAAUGCGUGUCGUCUGCUUGCUGCUCGAGGAAGGCUGUGAUUGCCGGGGCUGCGUCGUCGUCGUCCGUGAGGAUUGAGGGCUCUUCGCUCAGGGGAGUGCAGCUGGCGCUGCGGAAGAGAGCUGUGGUCGCGAGGGCCGUCGUCGGCGUGCGGGCGCAGAGCGAUGUCGUGGGAGAAGAUCCCGAGUUCAAUGACAGCGAUUACAUUGUGCUGGGCAUCGCCCACUGCUUCCAAAAGGACGCGGAGCAGAAGCUUUUUGACAGCUUCAUCAUCGAGCCCAUUCCGGCUGGAGGGUUAGAGUGCAUGGAGAAUGGCGGAGUGACGUGCUACAAGCACGCGCACGGCACCACGCUCGGCGUGGCCUUGAAGCAGGACCCGUCGUUGCUGCCUCCGGAGUUCGCCGGGCACAGGUACUGCGAGGAUUUUGAUUUCAGGACCAAAUGUGCGUCCAGGACCUGGAAGAGGGACCAUGCUGUAGAGUUCCUGAUGAACCUCGUCCCCCGAGACGGCGUGCGAUCCGACUGGAACUUCAGUCUGGAAGACAAGCGAGUGCUCAACAUGGAGAACAUUGUCAACGACGAUGACAACAUCAAGCAGGACAUUAGCAUCGACGUCUACGGUAGAACCGCCAAGGAGGAGGAGAUGUCCAGCGAGAUUGCCGAGUUAUUCAACACUUAAGUGUGCGGACUCGCGAGUAAACGCUUGGAAAUUUCCCGAUACUCUGAACUCGCGUUGCAAUUCAGCGGCACACUGAUUAAUUUCUAGUUCCUCCGACCAUGUGGAACUUGCGCAGCGCAGAGUUCAUUACUUUAAAAGAAGAGCGGGCAGUGCCUCUCAUAUCGAACUCUUCGCAACCGGGAACCUGACGAUGAUGGAGCAGAAGGAAUCCUAGGGCUUAGGGUUUAUAUUCUAUUCGACCAUGUCUGCUGGUCACUUUACAGGGAACUCAGCAUCCCCGUCACCGGCGGACGAACCUCAUGUGCGCUGCCCACUGAGAACUUAGAGCUGGAUUUCUGCUAGCUUCGUUGUCAUGAAUGUCUGGCCUAAAGCGGGAACGUGUAAUUUUAAUCUGUUGAAAUUUUGCCCCGGCCAUGAGCCAACUAGGCAUGUUUAUGUACAUCACCCGUGAUUGAAUUGAGGUUCUUUCUCUGGACUGCCUCGUGAGAAAUGUUCUCAACUGUC